ACAUCUGACUUCUGUUUCGGUUUCAGAUGGCCUACGUCUUUCCGCAUUAUUUUUCUCAAACUCUCUCGCCAUUAAAACGUCAAUAAAAUAGAUUGGCGAAAACUGGCUUGAAAGUUUCAUCGUUCUACCAAUAUUUCAGAAAUAAAAAAUAAUAGGCAAGAAUUUCUUCAAAUUGCUGAAUUAUUGGCUGCUGAUUGGCCUGCUCAACAGCAACAGUUUUAAGCAGAUGCACUAACAGGAUCUCGCAUGCAAGCUUCAAUAGCGAUCUUUGAAAGUAUUUGAAGAAGUUAUUCUGGCCUUAUAAAUGUAAACGUAAACCUCUCUUACCGAAAGAUGGAAUUCCCCCUUCUGAAGACGCCCUAAAUAGACCUUUCUAAUUCGCUUCGCGUGAAAAAUUCGUCUCGUGUAAAUCAGGCUUUGAACUUUGCCUUCGUAAAACAAAAGUUUUCAAGCCCGAUGGAAAUCGCAAAUGAAAGUUGGUUUAAAAGAGAAACAAAAGCGCACUCUGCUUCUGCAGCUCCAUGUAGCGGAAGCCAGAACAAAAAUUGUUGUUGGUUUUCGACAUCUUCAGGUUAUAUUUUUAAAUAUUGGUGUUGGCUUCAAACUUGCUUAGCAGUGUUCUCAAGUUACGUGUAACGUUAAACCUGUAAUGUGGAAUGGACGAGAUGCAAACUAACAACAGGGAUGAGUUCUGUUAUGAAGAAUACGAAAGCGAAGAAUUAUCCACACCUUUUAUUACAACAGAACCUAACCAAGUAUGCUGGCGAGCAACAAGACCGAAUAUUGCAAAGUCGCUGAGAAAGUGUGCUAUUUUGAAUCUGCAAAUAAGUACUUGUGGUUUUGUAUUUGGACUGAUGGCUAUAGGAAUUUGGUGGAUAGACCUUCACAUAAACACGUGUUGUUAUAGCAAAAGUACAGAUAGUUGGAAUCUUUUGCAAUUGAAAUUUAAACGAUUGUGUGUUAUGAGCAUGUCGUUCAAAGAAGUUGUAGUUCAGUUGUGGCCUCUUGCGUGUAUUAUACCAGUUCUUGGAUGGAGAAUUUCAAUUCGUCAAAACAUUUUUGUUUGGAAUCUGCUGAGGGCAUUCUUUAUGGUCUCCGUCUUACAGUCGUCUUACAUAUACGACGUUUUCCAGUACAGAUUGAGAUCAUACUUAGGAAACGUAUUUUUCGUAGUGGGCAUUGGAUUCUGUCAUUGGAAACUGGCAACGUACUACCUCGGAAAUCAUCAGUCAUUCUGGAAGAAAGCUAAGUUAGCAGCGAAGGCAAGUAUGCAGCUUUCAGUGGGCAUAGCUUGGUGGAUAUUUGUGGCCUAUUUUAUUCUCCCCUCAUUUGAAAGAAGCUCGUCCUUGGUAAAAGCAGUUCUUUCAACUACAAUACCGAUAGCCUCUGCGCUCCCAAAGCUGCUGACAGGCUUUGUAAUCGGCCGCUUGGAAGGCGCAUACAGUCCAGGUGAAGCAGUAAACUUUAUAAUGGCUUUGCAAGUUUGCACAACAUUAGCUGCUAGGCUUUUUCAAGCGGACAGCUCGUCGUUUGUUGUGUUCCUUGCAAUAAGCUCCGCUCACGCGUUUUUGGGCAUAACUGAUAAACUUUUGCUGCCAGUGCGAGACAAGAUCUCGCGAAUGAUAGCCAAGCAAGAAUCGAUGCAGGUUGUAGAUAGCUCAACAACAAUGCAACACUGUGGAAGUGUUACCAGCCAACCCUAUGAGUUGAGACUCGAUGAGCAUACAGUAAGAGAAGGCCAAAAACUGGAUCGCCCUCCCCGUGUCACUCGCCUCAUAGCAGACCAAUCCUUAGUCAGUAUGAUGACUGAAACCUCGGCAAUUAUAGUAAGCUGUGCAGUUGUACCAGUCAUCAAAGACCUUUAUUCAACUAAGGAUAGAAAUCAUGACGGCGUGCUUUUCUUGGAGUUGUUCAAACGUGUUGGAGCUGCUAUCAUGAUAGAGUAUAUAGCGAAUAUUUUUGCAAUACAUAUACAAACAUACAUGCAUAACAUUCCUGUGAUAAAAGUAUGGAGGUUUCGAUGGAGGUGGAUCCUUCUGUUGCAUUUAAUUCAGGUCAUUUACUCUAUGGUGUACUUUCCAGUCCACAUCAAUGCAAUUUUGCUGGAAGCGAAUGCGGCAUACAAGAACAAUUCAUGCCGGCAGUUAUAGUUUUACCGUGAUGACGUCACAAAAAGCGACUUUAAGAAUUCUUUAACUUCGAUCGCAUAACCUUCGAUCACAUAACCAAAAUUACAAUGUGUAUGCAUAUUAUUCGAAAUCAGCUAAAUGCGUUCAAAACUGUCAGGCUCUUUCCACAUCAAACUUUUGUAAUUUGGUCUCUGUGCAUAACAUUAUGAACGUAGUUAACUAACCUUCCAAAUUUACACGCCUUUCGUGGUGUUCUUUUAGGUUCGAAAAAUCGAAAAAUUCAAAAAUUGUUUUCUCAUGACGUCACACUUCGAUUCAAAUUCCUAAACGAUCUACUCCAAUGAGAGGACUAACCACAACGAUGAACAAAGAAGUUGUCAUUUAAAGCGCUGUAUUCUUUAACGGAAAUUCAUUUGUUCAUUUUCGCUUUUUCACAGGAUAGAUAAAUCAAUGUUACAAAUACUCCAUUACAGCUUGCUCUAAUAACAAAUUAAAAAUAAUAGAAGACCUUUUUUGCAAAGUAAUUCCUUAUAAUAAGUAAAAUUACUAAGGAAAACUAAAAAGGUAUCUGACGUAUUUGUCAGAGACGGCUGUAACCAGACCUUGGGGACAAUGUUGAUUUUUAAUGAUGAUUUUGCAAUUACAAAGUGUGCAAUUAUAUGUGUAGUAUAUUUUUCAUUGUUUCAAAGUCCUUUAUUUGUUAAAUAUCAAACCAAUGAAGUUUUAUAAGAAGAAUCAAUUGCUAUUUGUAAUUUUGGAAGAGCCGAUAAAGCAGCAUCCCGAAUAAGGACCCAGGUAUGAAGCAAACAUAGUUAAAAAUGUCAUCAUGAAUACAAACAUGGAUAUCGUAGAAAAAGGUAGUAAAAAAGAACAAAAAGUCAAAAGACAGGGUCCAAAUCUAAAAAACUAAGCUUUUUAAAUUGAAAAUAAUCCAAAUGGGUAACAGAGAAUUCUUUCAAUUUGACUUGGUCAUUUUUAAGGGCAUCUGUGACCAGUUGAGCUGUACUUAACCUUUGCCUAGGCCUUCCGGCUUUUCCUGAGGUAGGUAGCUUUUUUUCGCUGUCUGGUAUUGAAUAGCAAUUGAGAGCCUCAGAUUUGCAUACCAUGAAGGUUAAACAAACUCAGUUUUUAGAAAACCAUAGCUGGUAUCACUUGAUGCUUCUGUAAAGCAAGUCACUGACGUAAGAAUUUAUGGCAUCAUGAGCAAAGGCGAAGUCUGGCGAAAAACAUUGCAACAUCAAGUAUACAUCACAGUGCCAUUAAAAUUCCUGGUAAACAACUGUCGAGGUGCGAGCGGAUAUGAAGAAAAUACUA